UCUAGCCUGCUCGCUGACAGCUUUGGAUUAACUCCUUCACUUACCGGAACCUUUGUGGAUUUUUUUCUGUCUAUUUGGCUUUAUCACUUGUGAGAUACUAAACCAACAUGACUCUGGAAGAAGUGCACGGACAGGAAGCUGUUGUGGAAAGCGCUGAGAGGAUGCACAGCGCUGGUAAAGCCCUGCAUGAGCUGCUGAUCUCCGCCCAGAGACAGGAGUGUCUGACCGUCGGAGUCUACGAGUCUGCCAAAGUCAUGAAUGUUGAUCCAGACAACGUGACCUUCUGCAUUCUGGCUGCUGAUGAGUUCGAUGAAGGGGACAUUGCCCUGCAGAUCCACUUCACCCUGAUCCAGGCUUUCUGCUGUGAAAAUGACAUUAAUAUUGUACGACUGAAUGACACGGAGAAGCUGGCAGAGAUCCUGGGAAGCACAGACGAGUCUGGAGAACCCAAAGAUCUGCACUGCAUCCUUAUUACGAACCCCAGUGAGGAUGCUUGGAAAGACCCAGCUCUGGAAAAACUUGGUCUGUUCUGUGAAGAAAGCCGUAAAGUGAAUGACUGGGUGCCCACUAUUACCCUGCCUGAGUGAAGAAACUACUAGUGCAUUAGAUGGUGAAAACCCUUUUUGCAUUCUUACCAUGGUGUUGUACGCCUGGUUGGGCCAGCUGCGUUCCCGAGUCUGUGGAUUACGCUGGUUGAAGUCGGAAUAUGUGGCCGAGACUAGCACGAUGUUGGCUCUUGUGGAGCAAAAGAGUAAGGAGGAAGAUUGACAUGGACUGAUCUACAGAAGGGAUGGUUCAGACCAGUGCAAAGCCUCCUAAUAGCAUUGCAGGACGGGGCAGUCAUACCGUGGAGCUGGAGUAUAUUGUAUGUUUGCAAACCUGGAAGGACUUUUGCAAAGUGGAAAUGUCUUUUUGGAUUGGAUGUUACAAGCAAGACCUAUGGCAGAUGGGAAACAACUCGCUAUGCUGAGAGCUUAUGGAAUUACUUUUUGAGCAUACUAUGAACUCUUGGACUAACAAAAGAUUAAAAAAAUAAAUAAAAAAAAACACGUAAAGAAGAAACUGGACUUAAUUUCUGACACUCUUGGAUCUGUCUCUGUACAGGAGAGGGUCCUGAAGCCGCUAUGAACUUUAUAUACAGUGCAUAUACCUAUGCUACAUUCCCUUGGCACUUCUAUCAUGUAACCAUUUACAAUUUUAUCUGUUUGCAUUGUUGCUGACUUAUAAUAACUUGUCAUUGUGCUACAAUAAACCAUUUGAACGAA